AUGAAUUCACUGAUUCUCCAUGGAAGAAGGUUGGUCCAGCAGCAGAAAUGUCGUAAUCUGAGAGUUUCUUCGGUGAACCUUUUGCAAAAUGCGUCUGCUUUCUCCAAUUCGCUCUCCUCUGCAAGUGCUGCUGCUGAAAUUAGCCUUAGAGAUGGUCGAAAAGGUAAGAACUUUACAGUCUCUUACCUCGUUGAUUCAUUGGGUUUGACUACGAAACUCGCACAAUCGAUCUCGAAGAGAAUCAGCUUCGAGAAUAAGGGUAAUCCGGAUUCUGUUCUGAGUCUUCUUAGAAGCCAUGGAUUCACUGAUUCUCAGAUCUCAGACAUCAUUACGGAUUAUCCACUGUUGCUUAUAGAAGAUGCUGAGAAAUCUCUUGCUCCCAAGCUUCAGUUUUGCAGUCAAGAGGAGCUUCAAGCUCUGAGCUCACUGAGAUUGUCUCAAAAGUUCCAAAAAUCUUGGGAAUCAAAAAGGACAAAACUAUCAGCGUAUACUAUGAUUUCGUCAAAGAGAUUAUAG